GGUCCUUGGUUUCUGGUUUGUGUAGACUUCCUGGAAGUGAAGUGGACCCUGACCUCCAGUCCUGCCAGUCCCAACCUCGAGGUUUGGGUGUGAUCACUAAUGGGCAAAGGAUUUGGGUUCCUGAGGGAAACCUGCCCAUCAGUGGUCGCUGAGCCUCAGCAGUACUCAGCGCUGGAGGAAGAGACGAACAUGAGGAGGAAGAGAGUGCUGUAUAGAGAACUCCGCAGUACCUGGGACCGCCCUCACGGUCUGGUUGGUUUACACAACAUCGGACAGACAUGCUGCCUUAACUCCUUGAUUCAAGUGUUCAUGAUGAACAUGGACUUCAGAAUGAUAUUGAAGAGGAUAACGGUGCCGUGGGGGGCAGAAGAGCAGAAGAGAAGUGUGCCCUUCCAGCUGCUCUUGCUGCUGGAGAAGAUGCAGGAUAGCCGACAGAAAGCCGUGCUGCCCUCGGAGCUCGUUCAGUGCCUGCAGAAAUACAACGUGCCUCUGUUUGUCCAGCACGACGCUGCUCACCUCUACCUUACAAUCUGGAACCUGACGAAGGACCAGAUCACGGACAGAGACUUGGCACAGCGGCUGCAGGAUCUGUUCACAAUCUGGAUGCAGGAGUCUCUGAUAUGCGUGGGCUGUGCAGCGGAGAGCAGCAGGAGGAGCUCCCUGCUCACUCUCUCUCUUCCUCUUUUUGAUAUGGACUCAAAGCCUCUGAAGACCCUGGAGGAUGCCUUGAGAUGUUUCUUCCAGCCCAAAGAGUUAGCAAGCUCAGACAGGUGCUUCUGUGAGAGCUGUGGGAAGAAGACGCCUUGGAAACAGGUUCUGAAACUGACUCAUUUGCCCCAAACCUUGACCAUUCACCUCAUGAGAUUCUCUGCCGGGAACUCACGGACAGAAAAGAUCUACCACUCAGUGUAUUUCCCUCAGAGUUUGGAUUUCAGUCAGGUUCUGCCAACUGAGAAAGACCUCGGUGAUACCGAGGAACAGUCUGAGAUACACUAUGAACUCUUUGCCGUGAUCGCCCACGUCGGGGUGGCUGACUUCGGCCAUUACUGUGCCUACAUCCGGAAUCCUGUGGAUGGAAAAUGGUUCUGCUUCAAUGACUCACAUGUUUGUUGGGCGGGAAACUGCCUAUCUCUUGGUUUACACGAAGACUGGAUCCUGACAGAUAUACUCACACGUCUGAAAGUGAUAGAGCCUUAUCUCCUCUCCUGUACUCAAGUCUGCUGCACGUCAAUGAGAACAAUAAUUUAAAAACCAUAAUUAAGCCCUAUUUAUAAGCAAGAAUUAUUAUUGCUGUGGCUUGGAUGUAGUUUGUCUCCAAAAAGCUCACACACGGAAGGCUUGGUCUUUAGUUUGGCACUGUCUAGGUGACAGAACUUUUAAGAAACAAGGCCCAGAGGGAGGUAAUCUGUUUGAGGGAUCUCUCUCUCCUGUGCACUUAAUAAACAGUUCUUUUUCUGUUUCUCUAUCCUGCUGUGACUCAAACGGUGGGCGGGAGGGGACAUAACCUGCCAGUGCCAAACUGGUUGGAUCCUGUAGCCUUCAAAAUUCUAAGUCAAAUAAAUGUUAUGACACACUA